AUGCAGAAGAUCAACCCCGUCGGCUGGUAUGGCCUCGGCUCUAUGGGCCUACCCAUGGCCCUCAACCUGCAUAAGAAGCUGCAACAACAUGGGUCCAGCCUGACAUUUUCGAACCGAACUUUAUCCAAGGGGGAUGCGUUGGUCGACGCAGGGGCCGUCGCAAAGAGCUCCAUAGUGGAGGUUGCCCAAACAUGCGAUGACAUCUUCACCAUGGUCUCUGCCGACGCAGUCCUUCAAGCUUUGGUAAAGGAGCUCGUUAGCAGUGGCAUCAGCUUGAAGGGCAAGACUUUGGUGGACUGCUCCACAAUUCACCCUGACACCGCAGCAGCAGUGUCAGAGACGCUGCAAGAAGCUGGCGCUGUCUUUAUCGCCGCCCCGGUCUUCGGUGCUAGUCCGGUUGCUCAAGCUGGACGAUUGAUCUUUGCCAUGGCUGGCCCGCAGGCUACGAUACAACGUCUGGAGCCUCUGGUCCUGGACGUCAUGGGUAGAAAGGUGAUCAACAUGGGCGAGGAUGUUACCAAGUCUCCCAUGCUCAAAGUUACUGGAAAUGUGCUGCUAGUUGUCUUCUUGGAAGCUAUUGCAGAGACUCAAGUUCUUGCCGAGCACAACGGCAUCGGUACGAAUGCGAUGGAGGAGCUCAUCUUCGAAAACUUUGGACCUGUUUUGGGAAGUUAUUCGCGCCGCAUGACCAGCGGCUCGUGGGCACCAAAGGAGGGCUGGGCUGGUUUCGCGGUUUCAAACACCAUCAAGGACGCAAAGCACGCGCUGCGGGUGGCUGGUGACCUCGGGGUGAGAAUGCCGGCUCUCGAUAUCGCAACCAACAACAUGCUGAGUGCCAGGGCAUAUGGGGGUGAGAAUCUGGACGGCGCUGCCCUUUACGGAACCUUGCGGUCUCAGGCUGGGCUGCCGUUUUGGUCAGAGAACAGUCGGCAAGAGUGA